AUGUCUUACUUAAGUAGCAUGUCUGGUGUCCUCAUGUCUCGCAUCCAUGUCCAGGGUUUCAUACUUGCUUUACCCCUCACAUUAUUUGUGCCACCUGACAUUGAAAAAUUGAACGAGAACAUACUCUCCCUUCUCGACCAUGGCCACGACAGUAGCUACUACUCGAAGAUGGGCAAAUGUUUGCACAUGCUUAACCUCUACCGCAAGGGCCUACUCUACACAUACAACGAAUACGGAAAUGUAGUCCCCCAAUCUCCAGAUCAAGGGGAAGGAAAAGACAAGUUGGUCGGACACAACGUCGUCCACCCAGCCAUAGAGCUCCACGAAGCCAGUGUUCGCUUCACAAAAAGCGACAGCAAAAGUCUCCAGGACAUCACCUUCGACAGCGGCAUCUUGAAACUUCCCAAUUUCAUAGUUGAUGACCAUACCGAAUCAAUGUUCUUGAAUCUCAUAGCCUUCGAGCGUUGCCACAUCCGCGCUGGCAGCGACAUCACUUCCUUCGUUACAUUCAUGGACCACAUCAUUGAUGACAAUCAGGAUAUCAAACUUUUGAGCUUGAAAGGGAUUAUCGAAAACUACAUUGGGAUCGACAAGGAGGCAGCCGAUUUGUUCAACAUAAUGUCCAAGGAUUUGAUCAUGGAGAUGACCGGCAACCCUGACCAGGUGUAUCUUAUCAAGUAUUGCAGCACGCCUUGGCAUAAGUGGGUCGCCAAUCUAACUCAAACUUACUUCAAAAAUCCGUGGGCGAUUAUUUCUGUCAUCGCAGCCUUCCUCCUCUUUUCUCUUACUGUAUUGCAAACUGUCUACACCAUCCUGCCAUCCUAA